CGGUUCUUGCUUGUGUGCGUGCCCCCACCGCUUAGAUACUGUCGUUACUGCGAGCUCGAUCUUUUAUCACUGCGUGAAGAAACGUCACAUGUCGAUAUUUGUCUACAAGUGUUCGAACGAUCAACAUGUCUGUCAUUCGUGCGUUUCAAAUCCUCUUUUCAAGCGCGUCGCACGUCGCCCGAAAGCCGCUGGUUGCAUCUGCCAUCAGGUAUUACUCUUGCCUUUCCCAAACGAGCAAUUUUGAGCAUAUCAAGGUUGAGACUGCGGGUGAAAAGAAGAAUGUGACUCUUAUUACGUUGAACAGACCCAAAGCCCUGAAUGCAUUAUGUGAUAAAUUAAUAGUGGAGGUUCACCACGCCUUGCAACACGCGGAAGCAGAUCCAUCUAUCGGUGCCGUGGUUGUUACCGGAAAUGAAAAAGCAUUCGCUGCUGGCGCCGACAUCAAGGAAAUGAUCGACCACACAUUUGGUAGUACAAUAAAGAGCAACUUCUUAAGUAAAUGGGACUGCAUCUCCAAGUGUAAAAAACCAGUCAUUGCCGCCGUAAAUGGCUAUGCUCUGGGCGGCGGCAACGAGUUCGUAAUGAUGUGCGACAUCGUUUACGCCGGCGAGAAAGCAAAGUUUAGUCAGCCGGAGAUCAACAUCGGCACGAUCCCCGGGGCAGGUGGCACUCAGAGACUCCCCAGAGUCAUUGGCAAGAGUAGGGCCAUGGAACUUGUGCUCACCGGCGAUAUGAUGAGCGCGGAAGAAGCAGAGAGAAAAGGUUUGGUCAGUAAGGUUUUCCCACCUGAUCAAGUCGUCGGAGAGGCGAUAAAGUUGGGCGAGAAAAUCGCGUCCUUAUCAAAACCAGUUGUCGCGAUAGCUAAAGAGUGUGUGAAUACCGCUUACGAGAUGACGUUACAAGAAGGUCUUCGGUUCGAGAAAAAACUCUUCUACAGCACAUUUUCUUUGGACGACCGAAAGGAGGGAAUGAAGGCUUUCGUAGAGAAACGCGCGCCAAAGUUCACGGAUCAAUAAUCGAUUUCAAAGAUCACUUACGGAGGAGAGAGAUAAAAAUGGUAUAUGUAUAAUACAUAUUUCUUAUAUUUUUAUACCGAUAUUUGUAAAAUACAUAACACUGAUGAAAGCACUGUGCGUUUCGGCCGACACUGUGCCUACCUGUUAGAUCUCUUGAAUGAGAGUAUUAUUUGUUAUAUUUGUUACGAAAAAAAUAUAAAAUAUUGGCAAAUGUAAUGUAUUAAUCUACCCUUUUUUUCGUAAAACAAAUGUAAGAUUAUUGAUACACGAACGGACGUCAUGAAUAAUCUUUUAUUCGAGUAUAUUGCUGCUCUUACACACGAGACAUAAAUCUCGAAUACACGAUACACUUAACGUAGUUAAUAUUCAUUAAAAGGAAUAAUAAUUGUUAUAAUCAUAAUACAAGGAUUAGGUAUAAACGUGUAAACUAUUAUUAAAGUCGUAUAGAUGACAAUUUUCGUUUUUUUUUUUAAUACUAACGAGAUACAGUACUCUUUUUGUAUGACUCUCCUUAUUAUAAGUCUCGACUUCAAGAGACAAUCGCGUGGUUUGGCUCGUCGUUCCGUAAUAAAAAUGAUCGUUUAAUGAAAGAAAAAUCUUGUCUCGCAUCACUGCCGGUUAUAUAUAUCUGAGGAUUGCACUUGGUUUAUAUUCUUAAAAGUGUCUUCCACACAGAGAGUACAAGGUAAUAUUAUAAGAGUGAAGUACGACAAGAAGGUCAACAUCUAGUGCGUUCAGUUGAAAUCAAGCAAUUUAUUCGCCAGUUUAUUACUCUGAUAUCUCUGCCUUCGUUUUUCUUCUCGUUCCUUUUCUUGAAAAUUCUAGAGAGUACUGUAUCCCGAAAAAAAAAACAGUAUAUAGGAACAACAAGAUCUCGGUAAACAUCGAUAACUCGUUCUCUGCGUAUGUUUGUGUGUGUGUUUUUUUAUCAGAUUGAUCUUAAGAUUACAAAAGUUUUCGAGUGAGUUUAAAAAGUAGAUACAAAAUAUUUCGCUUUUAGAUAUAAAAGAUUUCAUGUCAAAAUUUUGCGACAAAGAAAUCAAAUAUCAAAAUAUCAAAUCCGAUUCAAUUACAAGAAAAUCGACAGGGUGUACGUUUUAACGUGUUGACUAGCUAAUAUUAAUAUCGAAUACGCACACACGCGCGUAUUGUACACCGAUCGGCAAUGAAUCUGUCGUGCGAGAGAAGAAGAGAGUUUUCCUUUUUGUAUGUCGUUUUACACAUCAUUCGUGAGCGGUCGAUCGACAGCGGUUGAAAAAGAAAAUGGCGCACAGAAAGAGAAGAACCUUCUCUUCCCCUCUCGCAGAAUCGAUUCAUUUACCGGUCAGUUGUUUCACACUCAGUUCAACUCACCCAUAAUAUAUCCUUACAUAUUAAAAGACAUUAAAUUACUUACACUUAAGUACUACGCGUGUGUAAUUGCCUUCGUUUUCACUCUCGUAUUUUCUUCAAGCACGUAUUAAGUUGAACGUUUACGUUAUUCAGGGACACACAGAUCGUUACACGUCGGGACGGAGGAUUUCAAGAAGUUCUCUCGAUGCCUCGAAGAAGGAUAUGUACAGGAAUGAUUUGGGCGAUCCCUAUAAGUAGAUCUAGUCCUAUUUCUGAAAUUUGUUUGUUUCUUUGUAAUUUUUUGGUCCGAAAUACGUAUGUACACUCUUGCUACACGAUUGCGUCAUAUAAAAGUUUUCGUCAGUUA